AUUGGGAAACACCGAAAUAAAAAUUUGGUGUUAGUGCCUUUUGGACUGUGAGUGCUACGGGACGCGCUACGAUUCGUAGAAGCCGCCUUGCAGGAAAGCCCAAGCCACCACAUGUGUGGUCGGUGACGCGUGGUGACCACCAGCAGCCAGCAGUGCCGGAAAAUGAAGCCGCGGGGGCGCGUCAUGCACGCCUUCACUGCGCUCACCAUGCUCACCAUGGCUAAUGCCCAAACCACCUGCAAUCAAGGAAUGGGUCGAGUUAUGUACGAGCGAUUGCCAAACCAACAACUUCACGGAUUCGACGAUGACGUUAUACACGACACGUCGCCACCUUUUCGCGUAUUGGAAAAAUGCCAAGACCUAUGCUUACGGGACCGAUCCUCUAACGGCUUGGUAAGGACAUGCAACUCCAUCGACUUCCAGCCUGGAGCACGUAUUGCUGCCUUUAGCCCUGAACCCGAAUACGAAGAAUCCACUUGUUAUUUGACUCGUGAACAGGCCGCACCAGAAGGCAUUGGCACGCUUAUGAUCGUACCAAACAGCAUGCAUUUCAACGAAAUCUGUCUCACAUCAAAUCGUCCAGAGCGAGAAUGUCCGUCGCGCCGUUAUGUUUUCGAACGUCACGCACGAAAACGCUUGAAACUUCCCCCUUCAGAUCUCAAAGAGAUGAUGGUUGCCAACCGUACUGAAUGCGAGGACAAGUGUCUGAAUGAGUUCAGUUUUGUCUGUCGUUCUGCUACGUAUGAUUCUGCAUUGAGGACAUGUUCUCUAAGCAGAUUCACUAGGAGAACCCACCCAGAAUUAUUGGAGGAUGAUCAUAACGCUGACUAUUUAGAAAAUACUUGUUUGAACGCCGAACGCCGUUGCGAUGGUCUAGCAGUUUUUAUCAAAGAGGAAAAUAAACGUCUAGGAGGUCCAUUCGAAGCUGAUGUCUUCUCCAAUAUGACUUUGGAAGAAUGUCAAUCUAUGUGCGUCAGAGCUGAAAAGUAUUUCUGUCGGUCAAUUGAGCAUGACAUGAUGACACGUCAAUGCGUACUCUCCGAGGAAGAUUCAGUAUCACAAAAGGAUGACGUGACUGUUAGUGCAUCUGCCACACACCACUUCUACGAUCUUGUUUGUCUCGACAAUCUCUCUCAUCGGGUGACAGCUCGCGGUACGGAGUAUCCUGACAACAGCGUGACUUCACAUCUCUUCUCGCCUGGAAGGAGACCAGAUACUGCUUUCCAGAGAUACAGGAAUAGCAGAAUCACCGGAGAAUUCCAUUCAGAGAUUACAGGACGAUCACUCAGCGAAUGCUUGGACGAAUGUCUUAGACAGACCAGUUUCCAAUGCAGGUCCGCGGUGUACAGCGAUCGCGCCAGGACAUGCCGCCUUAGUCGCUACAACCAGAAGGAUGGAAUGCGUUUACUCUAUGAUCCUGACUUCGAUUAUUACGAAAAUCUUAUGCAUCAGCUAGUGAGUGGAGAAACGGAAGCAGGGGGAGCGGCUAGUGGUGCGCAGACACCCUGGGGGCGUCCUGCUACUAGUACAGGUGGUAGUAAUGGCGGGGAUCGAGACAGAUACCCUCCUGGCGCAGACCGCUAUCCAGAUGAUGACAGAUAUCCGGAUGACGAUCGGUAUAACCGACCGGAUCGUUAUCCUGACGAUCGCUACCCGGCAGACCCUUAUGACCGGUACCCAGAUGAUAGAUACCCUGACGAUCGAUACCCUCCAGGCGUCGGAUUAGAUAGAUAUCCCAUCGACAGAUAUCCUCCAGGAGUAGACCGGUAUCCUGACAGAAUUCCUGCCGGUAGUAGAUAUCCUAUUGGUCCAAUUGGAGAUCGUUACCCUCUCGACAGUGGACGUUAUCCAUUCUACGACUAUCCGUCUAAUGACAUUGGCAGAUAUCCAGCAGCUGAUAGAUACCCAGCAGCUGAUAGAUACCCAGCAGCAGAUAGAUACCCAGCUGCCGAUAGAUAUCCAGUGGUUGACAGAUACCCAAUCGGCAGAUACCCAGUUGACUCAUACCCUGAUAGAUAUCCCAUGGAUCGGUAUCCAGCAGACAGAUAUCCGAUCCGAGGUGGCGGGAGAUACCCAUCAAAACCCUGGUACCCUAGCCGCUAUCCUGAUAGAUACGACCAGGACCGCUAUCCCGGCACUAAUGAUUGGGGACGGUAUCCAUCCAGCCGUUACCCUGUGGGUGUCAACAGAGACCCCGUACCUUUGGGUGGCUCCCGUUAUCCUGAUCUUUAUGACAAGUAUCCUCCGAUAGGAUCGUCAUAUCCCGCAGGCUAUGGGCGUGGUGGAUAUUAUGGCUCUGAUUAUCCUGGUUCAGAUCGUUACCCAGUACCAGAUAGAGGAUUACGACCAGCACCUGUUGGCCCAGAUAGAUAUCCAGUGGAACCUAGACCAACGUUCGGUCUAAGACCAGUACGUCCUAUACCUCCAGUACCAGACAGGCCAGGACCUGGUGGAUAUCGUGGAAGCUAUCCUUCGGCAGUUGGCCCAGUACCAGUAGAUCGACCGAUUGGAGGUUACGGUGGAUAUGAUGAUGGUCCAAUUGGUCCAGUCGGACCAGGCAGGCCACCUAUCGGUGGUGUCGGUCAGAGACCAUGGCAAGGAUCUCGAUGUGAGGAUGACAGUUUCCGGCAAGUAGGAAGACAACGCAUGCAGCGAAGAUUUGUACGUCGUUUUACUACAGCCCAAUCUUUGGCACAGUGCCAGCGAGAAUGCACUGAAGCGCGUGAUUUCAUAUGUCGGUCGUUCAACUACAGGGAAGUUGGUUUUGGAGAACCUCGCGACAAUUGUGAACUCAGCGAUCGGGAUACCCGGGAAUUAGAUGCUGCAAAUCCAGCACAUUUUGAUAAUACAGCAAAUGAAUACGAUUUCUAUGAGAGAGCUCUUGGCCGUAUUGCUGAUGAUUGUUUGGAUGUAUCUCAAGUAUGCAAUGAAGAUGGAAUGGAGUUCACUCUACGUCUCCCAGAAGGUUUCUAUGGUCGUAUGUACACGUAUGGCUUCUAUGACCGCUGCUUCUUCCGUGGCAAUGGCGGUACUACUAAUGUUUUGCGUAUUUCUGGGGCCCAUGGGUAUCCUGAAUGUGGUACACAACGGUAUGGCGAGACAAUGACAAACAUUGUCGUGGUUCAAUUCAGUGACAAUGUCCAAACUUCUAGGGACAAACGAUUCAACUUAACUUGUCUCUUUAGAGGACCAGCUGAAGCAGUAGUAACCUCAAAUUAUAUUGGAGCAGGCUUCGGCUAUGACUUCAUUGACAGGUCGGGCAGUCCAAUACCCAUCGAGUAUCUACCAGAGGAGAGUUCUCUAAAUUCAAAGGUCCGGCUGCUGAUCCUUUACCAAGGACGUCCAACUACAACAAUUGCUGUUGGUGAUCCUUUGACCUUUAGGCUGGAAGCCCAAGAUGGUUAUAACUACCCCGCAGAUAUAUUCGCUACUAAUGUCAUUGCAAGAGAUCCUUAUUCUGGACGUUCAGUGCAGCUCAUUGAUAGAGUCGGGUGCCCAGUCGAUCCCGACGUUUUCCCUGAAUUGGAUAAAGGACGAAGUGGAGAUUCUCUCGAAGCCAGAUUCAAUGCAUUUAAAAUCCCAGAAUCGAAUUUCUUGGUGUUCGAGGCUACUGUUCGCACUUGUCGCGAUGGAUGUCAACCCGCAUACUGCCCAAGCCACACAGGAAGAUCAGAACCAUCAUUUGGACGACGUCGCAGAGAUGUCAACUUUACCAUAGGAGCCGAAACAAACGACACAGAAGUUGCUACUGAGGAACCUAGUAAAGAUAAUGAUGACAAAAACAUAGGAACAGUUUACAAAGUGCAAUAUGAAGAGGCAGCUGUCGAUAAAUAUCUUAAGGAAGAAGUAGAGAUGCCUAGCCAUGUGAGAAAGAUGAUUGAGGUCUUCGAUAACCGCAAUGAGCUUCUAGAAGAGAAUGGACCAGCAGACUCAUCACCAGUCGUGGCCGCGGCUGGAGUUUGCGUGUCUCCGCAUCACUACAGGGCAUUACUUGUCGCUUUAUGUGUUCUCCUGUCAUUGCUAUUGGCUAUGUUGCUUGCGGCUUUGUAUGUCUACAGGCGUUACUGGCGUGUGCUACGCAAAAACAUCCAGGCGUCAAGUCCAGCGCCAGCGCUCCGCCCUAUCACCCCGGGACCGAGAGGCACGCGACCAUCGCUCUUUUCUGCUUCGCAUUUGCAUAAACCUUUCUCUUUGAGUGGUCUAGGUAGAACAUUUGCGGAAGUCGGCGAAGAAGUAGGCUCGGCUGGACGACUGGCGACCGCGUUUGACGACGGUAGCGAGCCUAUUUACACCGACCCCUCUCUCUUCGAGCGAUCAAGGUCCCUCCGGUCUCUGCACUCACUGGAUAUCCCUGAUAGACGCGAUCAUCGCCCGUAACUUUCACAAUACAAAACGCAUUGGCGGCGUGAUACGGAUAUACUCGUAGUAACAUUAUAAUGCAUUAUAAGAAAAAAUAUUGCUACUGUUAUACCCUUUACUAUUUAUAAAGUGACAUACAAGAAACUUCCCAAUUUUAUUAAAGAUUAAAAUAAAAAUAGAAUAAAUUUUUUCAGCACACUUCAAUGUUGUUGGAAAGUAAUUUUUGCUCUCAUAAGUAGCCUUUUCUCGCUGCCAAUGUCUUCACAAAAAUGUUUUUCAUUACUACUUUAAAAAACCUAACUUAACUUUUAAUUUUAAUUCCUUGGAACUGCCAAGUAUCUGCUCAU